UCAACAUGCUGCGUCUGAACAGGCCAAUCAGAUCGCUUGACGUCACCAUCAACAGGCCAAUCAGAUCGCCUAACGUCCCCAUCAACAGGCCAAUCAGAUCGCUUGACGUCACCAUCAACAGGCUAAUCAGAUCGUGGUGCCACGGGUAUUUGAAAACAGAAAUGGCUGAAGCGCGAGCGGUCCUGCAGUGCUGUGAUCCGGUUCUCUUGGGUUCCUGCAGAGACUCAGAACCGCCUGAAGCAGCUAGGAUGGUUCUCCACCUGACGGACAGCAGACGGGUCCAGAAGGUUCUGGGUCGUCAGCUGUUUGUUCUGGACUCCAUGAUGUCGCUGCUGGAGGGGCUGGAGUCUGCCCAGCAACUGAUGACACAACCCUGCCCCCCCCAGCCUGGGGGCGGGGCGCGCAGCAGGUGGAAGUCUCUGAAAGGAGACAGCAGGUCGAGGACAGAGGAGAUGGAGACUCUGCUCAGAUCGUUGCAGGACAAAGUCCAACAAAUACACAACAAAAGACACACACUCACACAGCUGAUCCAACAGCUGGAGAGCAAGAAGCAGCAGUAUGAAAUGCUGGAGGAGUCUCUGCAGAAGGCCCAGAAUGCGUUGCAGUUAUGCGACCAUCAGCUAAACCAGCUGAGGGCGGAGUCAGAGGCUGCGCUCUGUCAGCUGAUCAGCUGUCAGCAAAUCAGAGAUGAGCUGCAGGUGUACGUCUCUUCCUUACAGGACGUCAUGCAGAUCAACCUGCUGUCAUUCAGCCAAUCAGAGCUGUGUCUGGAGCUCAGGCCACGCCCCUCUAUAGAUAUGUUGUCUAAUGAGCCGGAACUACUGAAGUUGUCGGUCACCUGGAGCCACGGCGACCGCUUCACACUGCAGGUGAGGAAGGGCCCUGCUGGUUUGGUGGAGGACGGCCUGUCGGGCCGGCGGUCUGAACUGAGCGCUGCCUUGCUGGAGGUGAUGCAGCGUUACCUGGGUCAGUUCCAGCUGCUUUCUGAGAUCCAGAGACUGAGAUAUAGCUUCGCCAUCGACUGGCGUCCGGCUCAGCGGCGCCUCGUCUUCCUGAAGUCGGCUCUGCUGGUCUUCACCCUGCAGGUGGAGGACGGUUACCCGAGCGCCGGCCCAGCCCGGCUGCUGUCGGCGCUCAGAGAUGGACGACCUCUGGACACAUCUGGGCUGAAGCCUCUCAGAUCUGAUCCCAGUCUCACUGACUGGUUGGUGUUCCUCAGCAGCAGCCCUCUGGAGUGAAAGACUGCCCCUCUGGAGUGAAAGACUGCCCCUCUGGAGUGAAAGACUGCCCCUCUGGUGUGACAGACUGCCCCUCUGGUGUGACAGACUGCCCUCUGGUGUGACAGACUGCUCCUCUGUGACAGACUGCCCCUCUGGUGUGAUAGACUGCUCCUCUGGUGUGACAGACUGCCCCUCUGGUGUGACAGACUGCCCCUCUGGUGUGACAGACUGCCCCUCUGGUGUGACAGACUGCCCCUCUGGAGUGAAAGACUGCCCCUCUGGUGUGACAGACUGCCCCUCUGGUGUGACAGACUGCUCCUCUGUGACAGACUGCCCCUCUGGUGUGACAGACUGCUCCUCUGUGACAGACUGCCCCUCUGCUGUGACAGACUGCUCCUCUGUGACAGACUGCCCCUCUGGUGUGAUAGACUGCCCCUCUGGUGUGACAGACUGCCCCUCUGGUGUGACAGACUGCUCCUCUGUGACAGACUGCCCCUCUGGUGUGACAGGCUGCCCCUCUGGUGUGAUAGACUGCCCCUCUGGUGUGACAGACUGCUCCUCUGUGACAGACUACCCCUCUGGUGUGACAGGCUGCCCCUCUGGUGUGACAGACUGCUCCUCUGUGACAGACUGCCCCUCUGGUGUGACAGACUGCCUCUCUGGUGUGACAGACUGCUCCUCUGUGACAGACUGCCCCUCUGGUGUGAUAGACUGCCCCUCUGGUGUGACAGACUGCUCCUCUGUGACAGACUGCUCCUCUGUGACAGACUGCUCCUCUGGUGUGAGAGACUGCCCCUCUGGUGUGAUAGACUGCCCCUCUGGUGUGACAGACUGCUCCUCUGUGACAGACUGCCCCUCUGUGACAGACUGCUCCUCUGUGACAGACUGCUCCUCUGUGACAGACUGCCCCUCUGUGACAGACUGCUCCUCUGUGACAGACUGCCCCUCUGGUGUGACAGACUGCUCCUCUGGUGUGACAGACUGCUCCUCUGGAGUGACAGACUGCCCCUCUGGUGUGAGAGACUGCCCCUCUGGUGUGAUAGACUUCCCCUCUGGUGUGACAGACUGCCCCUCUGGUGUGACAGACUUCCCCUCUGGAGUGACAGACUUCCCCUCUGGUGUGACAGACUGCUCCUCUGUGACAGACUGCCCCUCUGUGACAGACUGCUCCUCUGUGACAGACUGCCCCUCUGGUGUGAUAGACUGCCCCUCUGGUGUGAUAGACUUCCCCUCUGGUGUGACAGACUUCCCCUCUGGUGUGACAGACUUCCCCUCUGGAGUGACAGACUUCCCCUCUGGUGUGACAGACUGCUCCUCUGUGACAGACUGCCCCUCUGUGACAGACUGCUCCUCUGUGACAGACUGCUCCUCUGUGAUAGACUCCCCCUCUGGAGUAACAGACUUCCCCUCUGGUGUGACAGACUGCUCCUCUGUGACAGACUGCCCCUCUGUGACAGACUGCUCCUCUGUGACAGACUGCUCCUCUGUGAUAGACUCCCCCUCUGGAGUGACAGACUCCCCCUCUGGUGUGACAGACUCCCCCUCUGGUGUGACAGACUGCCCCUCUGGUGUGACAGACUGCUCCUCUUCUCAUUUUCUCAUCACGUGAACUUUUUGUUUUUACAAAAUAAAUGUUUUACACCUAGAAA